AUGUCAAACGAAAACGCCAACAACAACGCCGACAUGAACCACCGACGCCGCGGCUCAGUCACCCAGCAGGCCCUGGCUGGCCUUUUCCGUAGCAACUCGACCUCGGUCGGCCAGAACUACCAGAACAGUGAGGCCCAGCGACGACGUCUCUCUGUUGCCACAACGGGCAUCGGCCUGGCUGGCACAUCGCCUACCAACUCCAGCCCCUUCACCGGCUUUCGACGAGGCAGCAUGUCGACUAACUCUGACUCGUUUGACGAGAACGCCAUUGACGAAGAGGAGGUCGUACGCGCUCCCCCCACUACCCCUUUCGCCCGCCGUAUGAGCUUUGGGGCCCCCGCCAUGCGCAAUGUUCGUCCAGGUGGCGGAAGCCCCUCAGCGCCAAAUGGUAAUCACCCAUCUGCAUCAACAUCUGUCCCCUCCAAUGCUCCCCUUCAUCAAAUGUCUACCAUGAGCGGCAGACGAAGCAGUGUGAACCCCCGAGUUCCCUCGACGAGAACAGAUCAAGGAUUUAAUUGGUCCGAGCAACUCAAGUCUCGAGCUGAGAGCUCUGUCCAGGGCCCCCGACCGUCAUUCUCCUUUGGCUCGACUGCGUCCACCUCGCCACCCCGUGGCAACGGCAACGCCAUGCACGACCGCGCUAAAUCUGUGUCCGACAUGCCCGCUCCGCCCGCGCAGGCCGCCGCCAUGAAGCCCAAGGCUCCUGAGCCCCAGCGAAAGAAGCCCGACGCUUUCCAGGAGCGUAUUCUCAAGGGAGACUUCUACAUGGACUGA